UCGGCGGAGGAAAGCGGCCAUUUUGUUCUUGGCUGAGAAGCGGUGAAGAGAGAAAAGCGAAAGACAGAGGAAGAGCGCGCUUGGUCGGCGUUAGCGUUCCGUUUUGGGGGGAGUUUUCUCGUCCGAGCCGUUGCCUUCUCGUUAUGGGUCGGAAGAAGAAGAAGCAGCUAAAGCCUUGGUGCUGGUAUUGUAACAGGGAUUUUGAUGAUGAGAAAAUUCUUAUUCAACACCAAAAAGCAAAGCACUUUAAAUGCCAUAUAUGUCAUAAGAAACUGUAUACAGGGCCUGGUUUGGCUAUACAUUGUAUGCAGGUACAUAAGGAAACAAUUGAUGCUGUUCCAAAUGCAAUACCAGGAAGAACUGAUAUUGAACUGGAAAUAUAUGGUAUGGAGGGCAUUCCUGAAAAAGACAUGGAUGAAAGGAGAAGGCUGCUUGAACAAAAAACUCAAGCAGAAAGCCAGAAAAAGAAACAACAAGAUGAUUCUGAUGAAUAUGAUGAUGAUGAAUCUUCAGCUUCCACCUCAUUUCAAGCACAGCCUGUGCAGCCACAACAGGGAUAUAUACCACCAAUGGCACAGCCAGGUUUACCUCCUGUGCCAGGGGCACCCGGAAUUCCUCCAGGUAUACCACCAUUAAUGGCAGGUGUUCCACCAAUGAUGCCCGGAAUGCCUCCAGUCAUGCCCGGAAUGCCGCCUGGGAUGAUGCCAAUGGGUGGGAUGAUGCCUCCAGGACCAGGAAUCCCACCUCUCAUGCCUGGUAUGCCACCAGGUAGGUCAGGAAUGACGAAUCCAUAUUGUGGUAUGCCACCACCUGUUGGUCCUCGCCCUGGAUUACCUCCAAUGACGCAAGCCCAGCAGGUGACUACUCAGGGUAUUCUUAAUAGACCUCCAGCUCCUGUCAUUGCAGUACCUACUCCCCAACCACCAGUUACCAAACCACUGUUUCCUAGUGCCGGACAAAUGGGGACACCUGUCACAAGCUCAAGUACAACUUCAUCCAAUUCAGAACUGUCAGCACCUUCUAAAGCUCUGUUUCCUAGCACAGCACAAGCUCAAGCAACUGUUCCAGGCCCAGUUGGUACAGAUUUCAAACCUUUGAAUAAUGCACCUGCAACUACUACAGAACCACCCAAACCUACAUUCCCUGCUUACACACAAUCUACAGCAUCCACCACUAAUACAACAAAUAGUACUGCAGCUAAGCCUGCUACUUCUAUAACAAGUAAGCCUGCUACUCUUACAACAACCAGCGCAACCAGUAAGUUGAUCCAUCCAGAUGAGGAUAUAUCCUUGGAAGAAAGAAGAGCUCAGUUACCUAAAUACCAGCGUAACCUCCCUCGACCAGGGCAGCCAUCUAUGGGCAAUCCACCAGUUGGACCAAUUGGAGGUAUGAUGCCACCACAGCCAGGAAUUCCCCCACAGCAACAAGGAAUGAGACCACCAAUUCCACCUCAUGGUCAGUACGGUGCUCACCACCAGGGCAUGCCAGGGUAUCUUCCUGGUGCAAUGCCUCCAUAUGGUCAAGGGCCCCCAAUGGUGCCUCCUUAUCAAGGUGGACCUCCUAGACCGCCAAUGGGAAUGAGACCUCCUGUAAUGUCGCAAGGUGGCCGCUACUGAUGCUACUGCAAACGUUCUAAUAGGUUUGGAGAUUAAACCUUUUCUCGUCUUGUGCUGUUAAUAUAGCCAAGCUUCCAUCAAUUAAAACUUCAUUGUGACUUUUAGGG